AACACCACAGGCAUACAUUAUCUUUCUUUCCCUUCCUCUCCUGCAUCUGCGACCAGAAUCUUCGCCGAUAAACACAGAGCCAAGCUCCAACCAUGGCGUCUUCGCUCAUCGCUUCUCAAGCUCUCCUUCGACCUCCCAUCCUCCCACAUAGUUCUAUCGCCGCCGUCUCUUCCCAAUCAUUCAAUCGCCGGCAACCUUCCCCGGUCCACAAACCUCUCUUCCUCCGUCCGCGCACUCUCCAGUCUCCAAAUCUCGGCCUUAGGGUUUCAGCUUCCGCAUCGCCUUCCUGUUCUUCAGCAAUAGUUUCCCAUCAGUCUGAAGAAAUUUCGAUCGGAUCCCUCCUCACCGGCCCAACCCGGAUACUUGCAACCGUUGUCUCUGUAUCCCUAACAUUUUCCAGCUUAAUUCUCAAACUAAUUCAGAAUGUUUGGCCUACUUUGCUUGCCGGGUGUUUCGUAAGCCCUUCUCCUGGCCUCGGUGCGUACAACUCGGUCGGCUCGAUGUUCUUCGCCGCGCUACGGGACCGCCCCAGCGGAUAUCUCAACACGCCUUUGACGGUCGUGGCUGCAGGGUUGUCCAAGUGGCUCGAUAUUUACAGUGGGGUUUUGAUGGUUAGGGUUUUGCUGAGUUGGUUCCCCAACAUCCCUUGGGAACGCCAGCCACUCUCAGCAAUUCGUGAUCUCUGUGAUCCGUAUUUGAACUUGUUCCGGAAUAUAAUUCCUCCAAUAUUCGAUACCCUGGAUGUCAGCCCCCUUUUGGCUUUUGCUGUUCUGGGCACACUAGGCUCAAUUCUGAACAAUAGCAGGGGCAUGUAUUGAAGGAGAGCACCAGUGGGUUUGGUUUGGUUUGGCUGGUUAAUGGCCGGAAUUUUCGACGAGUAAGGUAUAGUUCAAUUAAUGGAAACUUGGAUUCCUGUCAGGUUUUAGGAUAUUUUGUAUGGUAAUACCGUAAUUUCGAUUGUUGUCUUUAGGGUCUCUAAAUUUGUGAGACAUGGUUCAAGACUUUGUCUGAAUACAGGAAUUUAGCUCGAAAAUUUAAAUUUUGACAGCUCUCAAUGAAGUAGGUGAUCGUUUCGGUUUUUUUCUUUCUCA